GCAGCCAUGAUAUACGACAACGUGGACAUCGCCAAGAACGAGAGCAGUCACCAGGACGGUGAGUCAGCACUGGUCGUGGAAGCCAAGGCGCUCUACGACGCAACCCAGAAGGAGAGCAUCACCAGCUUUCAGGACGAAAGGACUGGCAUCGAGGGCGGCUACAUCACCAGCAUCAAGGAAGGCGACCUCACCCCUCAUGCAGCUGGCAAAGUUCAGAUCGAAUUGCUGCAGACCAUCGUUUCUGGAGCGACCAGCAGCAUCAAGGAGAUCAGCGAGGGUGACAACCUCACGAAGGCCAUGUAUUCCUACAAGAUGGAGUUGGCCACACUCGGGGCGAAGAACGAGGAACUCGAGAGGCCCUACGAGAGGGCAGAGGAGAUCGAGUAG